AUGCCGUUCACAAUAGAUGAGCUGCUUAAUGAACAACAGCGACAGCAUCCAUCAAAAGAUAUUGAGACCUCUCCCAGUAUUAUUCCAUCCCCCUCGUACGUUAUUCCCAAUUUGCCUUUUUCUUUUCCUGUGACUUCAACUGACGAAAUCCAACCUGUUUCUCCUGCUGCCACUGAAGGAGAUGAGACCAUCUCUCCAGACCCUGAAUCUGCUCUUCCUAUAAACUUAAGCACUCCGAAUCAACUUGCUAUGUAUGCGAUUGCUAAUGACAUGCGAACACCCACACUUAUGGAACUACAAAUGUUACUAGGGAUGGCUGCCAGAAAACAUGAUUACAAAAGAGCUAGAAGAGCUGUUGGAGAACGAAAGCCCCGACAAGCAUAUUCUACGAAACAGUUGGAACGUCUUGAAACUGAGUUCCAGAAUGAUAAGUACUUGUCUGUUAAUAAGCGUGUCUAUCUAUCCAAAACUCUGGGAUUGACAGAAACUCAGAUAAAAACUUGGUUUCAGAAUAGAAGAACGAAAUGGAAAAAACAGCUGACAUGUUCCAUCCGUCAGUUUUAUAGAGAUGGUGCCGCUUCCCUAGCAACUUUACCUCUUCUUAAUCCGAUCUCUGCCGAUACUCAAUCAAGUCCAAAAGUCUAA